GUAUGGUUAACGUUUAUUGCCGACUUAGUAUGUGUUGUGUAAUUAAUGUAAUUUACAUUUCCUCCAUGUUAGAACUUCAAAUGACUUGACUAUAGGAACCAAAUAUUAAUUGUUGUCAACCGGUUACCUAUCUUUGUUGCACAUGAACGUUCACGAAGAUUAGCAACAAUAGCAUUAGCUGAUGAAAGAGCCAGCCAUGGCCCUCGGUAUGGCAGCUGCAAAACCUGCAGCUGGACCAAGUGCUUCCAAGAAAGGUCUCAUAGGCCUUUACAGUGACCGGAAUCAAAAUGACGAGGAUUUGGACAGAAUUGCUGAAGCAAAUGAACUUUUCGAUGCCGUUCUGACUGGUUCAGUUGAUCGGGACAAGGAAGUUACUACCAAUGUGUCCUCUUCUAAGGAGACGCCAGCUAAAGUGGAGGCUAAAUCGACAGCAGGAAAACCCCCAAAAGGAGGACAUUCACUGAGGAAACUUUCUUUAUAUAUUGGAAAUUUCUCCUGGUGGACAUCUGACAAGGACCUCUUGUGCAUGGCCCAGAGGUUGGGUGUAAAAGACAUCACAGAGAUCAAAUUUGCUGAGAACAGAGCUAAUGGCCAGUCAAGAGGCUAUGCAGAAGUGGUGGUAACCUCAGAAGAGUCAUUAAAAAUAUUAUUGGAAAAAAUACCCCAGUGUGAACUCAAUGGAGAUAGGAUAGACUGUCGCUUUGCUACUCGCCAGAACCUCGCUGUGUUUGAGGACAUUGCAAAUAAACGUAUACCCCUGCGUGUUAAUUCCACAGAUUCCAAGGACCCUGAGUCUUCGGGAACAAUUCCCUCAUUAUUAAUACGGCAGCCCAGCCCUCCCCCGAUACCGUCACUGUUUCAAUCACAUCCGUUUGCAGAGAGGUUUCCCGGUCCUUUCCAAGCUCAACCGCCACUUCUCUUUCCACAUAUGGCACCGAACAUCCCUCCGCCUCUUCCUCCCCCUUUGUUCCCUCCUCCAGUACAUGUUCCUGGUCAACCAUCUCCCAGUCUGUACUUAAAUCCAGCAUUCUUGGCCCUGGGACAAGAUGGGCACAGCAGUAAAGCUUACAGCCAACAAGAGCACACACCUCAAAGUACAGAUUUUGAAGAGCUGAUGAACAGAAAUAGAGCUGUAGCCAGCAGUGCUAUCACCAAGGCAGUGUCUGGAGCAGCAGCUGGAGACUUGCGAGUGGCCAUGGAGACUUUGUUAACUGCCAUUGCCAUCGUUAAGCAGUCCAGAGUAUAUGGAGAUGAACGCUGCCAAGCCUUGGUCACCUCACUCAAAGAUUGUUUAGUCUCUAUCCAAGGCAACUACGGAUACAGGAGCAGUAGUCGUUCUGGGGACAAAGAAAGAGAUCGUGACAGGGGUCGUGACAGAGAGCGGGAGCGCAAUAGAGAACGUGACAGAGAGGAUUCUUCUGGUUGGGAGGGUGCAGGAAUGUCUCGAAGAUACAGAGAACGUUCCAGGAGCAGAGAACGGGACGGGGAACGCUCACGGGAGCGGGAACGGCACAGAGAUCACAGAGACCGAUACCGCUGACUUGGCUGGUGGUGUUUCCAUAAGUGUGAAGCAGAGAGAAGACAGGACUUUUUGUUUCUUCAGCAAGUUGUGUAAAAAUCUGGAAGAAUCUAAGGUGAGGUUGAGAAGUGUCCACAAGUCCGAAGUAUAGUUUUUUUUUUUUUUUUUUGUCCAGUCAUCUAUACUUUGUGGGACUUUUACCUGUUUUAUGACCAAAAAAUGUAGUUGCAUGCAUUAGGACACCUCCUAAUAACUUAAAUAAUACAGUGUAAUGUUCUUGUCAUU